AUGAUUAUAGUGAAAUGUGUAUGUAUUUCAUGUAUCGUGGAAUAUGAACAAUACUCUGAAUAUAAAAAUCCUGCUGAAAAAGUAAAGAAAAACCAUGAUGCGUUUAAUCAAACCAAGAACGACGAUGAUAAAAUCAUGAUAAACGAUCAAGACAUCCAAACCAAUGUCAAGAAAGAUCAAAAUAGUAUAAAGAAUACCAAGUUUGACGACAUUUUUCAGACCUCUUGUAAAGUAAUCAAACAUUCAGUCCAUAACAAAAGUGAAAGCUCAAAUACGGAUUAUAGUAACACUAAUAUUACAACUGUUUCUGAAGGCAAUGACAUUAUAAAUAAGAAAGUAGCGAUAUUCAUCAAGAAAGUAUUACACAAUGAGCUACCAAAAAACAAGAAGCAAUUUUCAUUAGUUUUAUUGGCAAAAAUUUAUUUUAGAAAAAGUAUAUUUGUUGAAAACAAAUAAUAGAUUAGUUAAUGUUUGUUGUUAGAUACAAUCCAGGUAAUUAGGUAAACUUUCUCAACUUCAUUUUGAAAAGAGGUCAUAAAGAAAAGGGCAGAAAUUUUUAGCUUGAAAUCUCGUAAUACAAAACAGAAGAAUAAUAAAUCAAUUUUAAAAGCUUUACACCGCUUCUGGAAAAAAAAUUCCAAAAAUUAACUAAAUAUGUUAGCGAUAUUAAUGACUACUUAGACACCCUAGUCAGGAUGUCAAACAUUGUUGUUUAACAUGUUAAAAAUGUUGGAACUUUGAAUAAAUCUAUGCCCUGCAAACAACAACCCUCUGAUGUAUCAUUGUAUAAUUUACCCAACAAGAGAACACACUAAUUAUGUGUAUCUUUACUCAAUUCCAAUGCAUUCAAUACAAUCAGUAUUAUGUGCAGAAUUGAUUUUCAUCUGACCUCAAACAUCUUAACAAUAGAGCUCUUGUUGAACUGAGUAUAAUGUAUAUCACCUAGAACACCGGUGCUGCUAUCCCCAA